AUGCCUUCGGCCGUCGAAUACCUCACCAGCCCCCAACAGAACUUCAACUAUGAAUCUGAUCCUAUUGCGGCCAUGACUUCGUACGCUCGAAUGAUGCACAUGCACACCAAGCAACAAAUGGAUGCUGCAACCCGAUCAGCACGACGACGAAGUCCACCCGUUGGUGUUGAUGCCCACGCCAACGCAGGUCUUUCCAAGCAGACGCCAUUCCUUUCUCUGAGCGUUCAAGCUCGCCAACUAUAUCAUAGAGAAGCAGUUGGCAUCUACACCAAACGGGUGACGGAGCUGUCAGUGAGCAUGACGGAAUGA